AUGGCGGCGAUAUCAAAAUUAGUCGAAAAUCCACGAGCAAGUGCUGCAGUACUUGGUGGAAGUUUAGCAGCGUUAAUAUUUAUUAGUAGAAGCAUAUCAUCACAAAAAACCAAGAGUGAAAUUCAAAUUCUUCCAAGGAAGGGUAAUGGUAAAAAGGAACUUCGUGUAGCUGUCAAUCUCAAAUUUUUUCGGAGUAUAGCGUCAAUAUUUCGUAUACUUGUUCCGAAAUUAAUAUGUCCAGAGAGCGGUUACAUGGUCAUGGUUGCCAUUUCACUGGUAGCCAGAACCGCUUGUGACGUUUGGAUGAUUUCAAAUGGAACUUCAGUUGAAAGUGGAUUUACGUACUACAAAAUGUCAAAUAUUGACAACCGAAUUGCAAAUGCUGAUCAGUUACUUACUCAGGAUGUGGAAAGAUUUUGCGAAAGUGUUACAGAGCUAUAUUCAAACAUUAGCAAGCCCUUACUAGAUAUUAUCAUAUAUGCUCGUGAAUUAGCUGCUGCUAUUGGUGCUCAAGGGCCAGGCUAUAUGCUUGUAUACCUUGCUAUUUCAGGCCUUGUGCUCACUCGAUUACGACGCCCAAUCAGUCGGAUGACGGUAACUGAACAAAAAUUAGAAGGAGAAUAUCGUUUUGUUAACUCGAGACUUAUUACUAAUAGCGAAGAAAUUGCUUUCUAUGGAGGAAACGAAAGAGAAAAAAUUACUAUUUUGGCCACGUUUCAUAAACUGAUGAAGCAUUUAAGGAAUCUCCUUCAAUUUCGAUACACCCUCGGUCUUUUUGACAAUAUUAUUGCGAAAUAUAUGGCUACAGUUGUUGGUUACCUUGUAGUCAGUCGACCGUUUUUAAAUUUAACUAAUGACCGUUUCGUUGGCUUUUCCCAUAACCAGCUGCUAGAGGAAUACUACCGUAGCGGAAGAAUGCUGGUCCGUAUGGCAGAAGCCAUUGGAAGGCUUGUCCUAGCUGGCAGAGAGCUAACGCGACUAGCUGGUUUCACUGCCAGAAUAACGGAACUAAUGACUGUUUUGAAAGACCUUAAUAACGGACUAUAUGAACGUACUAUGGUUACCGGAGGCUCUAAACCACGAUUGGAUUUUGCUCCCGGAAAUGGUAAAAUCGUUUACGAAGAUCAUAUCAUUAGGUUUGAAGACGUACCAUUGGUUACGCCUAAUGCAGAUUUACUGGUUGAUGGACUCAACUUUGAGGUAAAGUCCGGUCAAAAUGUUUUAGUAUGCGGUCCCAAUGGUUGCGGCAAGAGCUCUUUAUUUAGGAUAUUAGGCGAACUAUGGCCAUUAUUUGGCGGAGUAUUGGUUAAGCCAGAAAAGAAGAAGCUGUUCUAUGUUCCUCAGCGACCUUAUAUGACAAUUGGUAGUCUCAGGGAUCAAAUAAUAUACCCAGAUACGCUUGAAGACCAAAAGAAAAAAGGAUUUACAGAUGAUAUGCUGGCUGAGCUUCUUAAUGAAGUUCAACUUACUAAUCUUGUCGAACGAGAAGAAAAUGGAUGGGAAUCCGUUCAAGAUUGGAUGGAUGUUUUAAGUGGAGGUGAAAAACAGAGAGUCGCUAUGGCCAGAUUGUUCUAUCAUCGUCCACAAUUUGCAAUCUUAGAUGAAUGCACCAGUGCAGUUAGUGUAGACGUCGAAGGAUUUAUGUAUUCCUAUUGCAAGAAGGUUGGUAUUACUUUAUUCACAGUUUCACAUAGAAAAUCGCUAUGGAAGUAUCAUGAUUAUGUGCUGCAAUUUGAUGGCCGUGGUAAAUAUUCUUACACACCUAUUGACGAAAAUACUGAGCUUUUAAGAUACUCAAAAUCACAGCAGGAACAUGUUACACUGUGA